AUGUCUGGCCGUGGAAAGAAAGUUGCCCCAAAGACCAGAGCCGCGGUUUCCAGAUCUGUUCGGGCCGGCCUCGUCUUCCCAGUAGGCCGCAUCCACAGGUUGCUGAAGAAGGGCAACUACGCCGAACGCGUGGGCAGCGGGGCACCCGUCUAUCUCGCUGCCGUCUUGGAGUAUCUCUGCGCUGAGAUCCUGGAGCUGGCAGGCAACGCUAGCCGGCACAAUAAGAAGAAGCGCAUCUCUCCUCGCCAUAUCCUGCUGGCUGUGAAGAAUGACGAGGAGUUCAAUGGGCUUCUGGCUGGCGUGACCUUUUCGGAAGGCGGUGUGAUCCCCAAUAUCAAUGCGGCGCUUCUUCCCAAAAAGACCAAGCCCACCCAAGCGGAAAAGACUUCUGAUGAUGUUCAGUCGCAAGACUUUUAA